AGGGUGGGAACACUGGGGGAAGAAGAGACUCCCGCAAGAGUAGGACGGAUUGAACGGGCUGCACUGACAAGAGAAGAGAGUGUGGAGAGCGGAAUGGGGAAAUUUCAGUCCAAACACGCAGCAUGCAAGAGAAGAGAAAACCCAGAAGGGGACAGCUUUGUAGUGAACUCCUACGUGGGCAACCGUAAAGGAUUGGAAGAAGGAGACAGGUUUGGAGUCGGGGAGCACAGGUCGAGAGACAAACAGGAGUUACUGAAUGGGGAACUGAAAGAGGGACAUUUUCGGGAGGACCAAUGCCCCCUGGAGGUUGCCCUUCCUCCUGAGAAAAUAGAAGGAUGUGAAGGUUACAUACAGCCUUUUAAUCUAGAAGAUGGAGAAAAAGUUGCGAAUAAAGACAUAAACCGAGGAAUGGGAAAGAAGCGGUUAAAUAUUGAUGAACUUCAGUGUGAUGUUUCAGUGGAAGAUGACAAUCGUCAAGAAUGGACAUUUACCCUAUAUGAUUUUGACAACAGUGGAAAAGUAACCAAAGAGGACAUGUCCAGCUUGAUGCACACCAUUUAUGAAGUUGUGGAUGCUUCAGUUAACCAUUCCUCCACCAAUAGCAAGACACUUCGGGUCAAACUCACUGUGAGCCCCGAACCUUCCAGCAAGAGGAAGGAGGGCCAUCCAGAUAGAGAAGCUGUUCGAUGUAAGACCGAAGGAGAGCACUUGGAAGAAAUGAGGAUGGCAGACAAGAGACUAUCUGCUCAUGUGAGGAGGCCAAACAAUGACCACCACCAUUACACCGUGCGUGAGCAGUACUGUGUUGAUGAAAAUACUGAAAGAAGGAACCAUUACCUUGAUCUUGCUGGAAUUGAAAACUAUACUUCAAAGUUUGGGCCAGGUUCACCUCCAGCACAACCCAAACAAGAACACCACGGCAGACCUUCCCAUUCCCAAAACAGGUCCCGUUCCCAGGAGUCCGAGGCCCACAUAGUGCAUCAUCGGAGGUCACAGGUGCUUGCUGAUUAUUCUGUCCCGGCUGCUGACCCUAUCCCGAGGGUCUUGGAGAUGCAACAAAGGUUGAAAGGUCAAGAAAAGCAGUUCCUGAAGUCGCCAAAGGGUUCGGGAAAAAUGCCAGCCAUGGCAGGGGCGAGUGGGAGCGGGAAGCCAGGGAAAGCAUUUAACUACUACAUGCCCGCCGCGCCCUCCCCAGCGGCUCAGGAUGUGUACCAUCUCCAACAGCAGCCACAUCCUCACAAGAAGUACCGGCAGAAGGCUAAGGACUCCCACUCCCCCCUGAAAGCCACUCACUCCCAGCCUGCUGUCUUGGAGCAUGAGGUGAUCAGGGAUUUACCCCCUGUCCUAACCAAUGAGGGCUACGUCAUUCCUGUGAUUCAGAGACACGAGCAUCAUCACCACCAUGAACAUCACCACCAUCACCACUAUCACCACUAUCAUCAGUCCUGAGGCAGGAGCUGAGUUUUAUUCAGGAGGCAAUCCCAGUGAACUGUGUCUCCAGGAAUGGAGUUUGGGACUGGAGAAAGGGAAGGGGCAGCAGGGACUGAGUCAGAAGGGAAAGGAGUAUAUUCAUCUGUUUACUAAUUAUAGCAUUGGGGUCAUCUUUCCUUCUGAAAUGAAAUGUUGGCAAAUCCAUGCAAAAACAAAAAAAAAUGCUGAAUUUAUCAUUGCUUUUCACUUUAAAAAACCCACCUUACAGAUGUGCAUAAAAAAUAUUCUUUUCUUUUCUAUUAAAUAUUUAGCUCUAGAUCUCAGGUGUGGGUACAGCUACAAAGUUGUACCAUGAUGCUCUACAGAGAGGUCUUUUUAAAAAAUAUACUGUAGUCUCAUAAUGUUUUUAAUGAAUGCGUUUGAGGCCACUGCCACCUCUCAGUUAGAAUGCUGUUUUAUGUACUCCAUAAAAACCAUAUAUAUAUUUGUAGAAAGAUAAAUUUAUAUCUGCUUAUGUUUAUAAUUCCAAGAUGAGGCCUUCUUUUUGGUAAAAUAAUAAUAAUAAUAAUCUCUGCUCAGAUGAUCUUAAGAUAUUUUCUCACAACUUUGUUGGUUAUUUUUAUUGGUGCUUCCAACCAUUUUCUGGGAAGUUGUCAGAUGAUUGAUAGCUAACCUGUGAGGCGUGUAUGUCCAGAGUGAAUGUAAUGCAUUGUAACCUUUAAAAUAACUUAUUCAUUAUGAGAUCAUGAUGGUGGUUUGACUAAAUAGCUUUUUCAUGGUCUGCAAAGUUGUGGGUGGUUCCUUUUGAUAUGUGGUGUCAAGCACUGAACAUAGUGAGGGAAAGGCAGUAAGUAGCAUGGUGUUGAGUGUUUGCCAUUGGUCUGAGUGUUGUUGCUGUUUCUGGGAAAGGAAACUUAGGUGGCUUUCUACCUGAGAUCCAGCUACAUGAGUCAUGUGACUAGAGAAACCCCUGUAGGACAUCAGUUCUAAUCCUAGCUCUUGCCAUAAGCUGGGGGUGUUAUCACAGACAAAUCAUGACUCUUCUGGGCCUUGGUUUCCUCAUCUCUAACAGGCUAGUCUAAGUUAUCCUUUAAGUCCCCUCCAGCUUCCUAACUCAGUGACUCAAAGAAAUGUUAGAUUUGAGUGAAAAAGGAAAAAAUUGAGAAAGGUAAACAUGAUUAAUGGCUACCAUUUUAUUAUAGCAAUGAUACUACUCUGGCAAACUAAGGAAAAGUAGUCCUCUUUAUUUGGGGUACAGCUAACAACUAAGUAGAUUCAAUAGAUGGAGAGUGGAAUUGUAGUAGAGAAAUGGGUGGUUUUGGAAAUGGAAGGGAGCAGAAGGGGGUAGGAUCAGUGGAUUGGAGGAAGAAUUCUGGUCCUAGUUUUAGGAUCCUGAACUCUAUUUCUUUAUGCCUCAGUUUACUGAUCUUUAAAAUAGGCAUCUCCCACAUUGGAAGGAUAGUGUGUGGAUUUUAUUGUGAGUCAGUCACGUGAAGAGUAGAGAAUAGCAUGAUAUUAACUGGAAGUAUUGUUGUAACUAUGACACAACUAUUUUCUGAGUUGAGAAAAUGAACAUUUUUAACUCCUAUAUCCCCGCCAAAGCUACCUUCUUAAUAGUUAAGUCACCUUUUUCAAUUAAAAAAGGAUGAAAAAUUUGGGAUGCACUAUCCAAAAGUUAGGCAGGACCGUGAAUAAAUUUUAAUGUUCUGUAGUGUAAGGUAAGCAGUUGAGACUCAUGGUUCUGGUGAAGGUGGGGAAGUGUACAGGAUACACUAGUGGAAAGGUCAAAGAUAUGUUGUUUGGGUUUGUUAGGGUUUGUUUUGGGGGAUGGGUUACUUGUGAAUUUGUAUAUCUGACAAUAUAUUUGCUUUCUUAACAUUGUAUUGGUAUAAUAAUAAGCAACAUGUCAUUGGAUUUUUUCAGAUGUCAUAAUAAAGUGUGUGUCUUUAUAAUAUUAUACACUACUUUAAAAGCAAGCUUUUCCUCAUAUAUACAGUCCAUAUAUAUCUAUGUCAAUGUAUGAUUAUAGAUAUAUAGAUAUGCACACAGUAUAUAUGCACUUGCUAUAUAGAGAGCAUAUCUAUCUGUAUAUAUACAUUUAUAUAAAAAAGAAAAAUUAAUAUAUAUAUAUAUAUAUACAUACACACAUGACUCCAUAUUUAUGGAUAAAGUUAUUUCUUUUCCAUUAUGCUGCUCUCAAAGAAAAACUGAAUUCUAAAGUAGAUUAAUGAUAGAGGGAACAAAUUCUAUACCAUUGCCUCAAGUUAGAGAGACCAAGUUGUAAAUGAGAAUUUUGGAUCUUUGUAAAUACAAGUUUGGUUGUUGGAGCAAAGCAAGCCCCUACUUUCUUCUAGGCACUUAUUCCUAUUGCUCUCCCAUUUAAUAGAUUUUUAUAAUUGUGUUCAACAUGAUAACUAAUUGGUUUCCCCUUCCACAAUCUGAGGCCAUCAUUGACUCACACAGAAAGGGAAGUGGAGAACUGAGGGAAUUAUCUGGCUAUUCAAUCCCCAAACAUCUUUUUUUGUCUUAGCUAUCUAAAUGUGUCAAGGCAUAAAGCCACUAAGCAGGAGGAGGGAGACUACAGGAGCCCAGAGCUGCCCUUUUUCACAUUCCAUUUGCAUGGAAUCUCUGUGAAUGCGUGUGUGCCACUAAAUGUUUUGGACAGUAUUCUUCCAAUAAAAUCCUAGUGUAACAAAGUAGCUCACAUCACUGUAUGGAUAUUUUUUGCAAAAAAAAAUGCUUUGUAAUAGCUGUAUUGGAUUUCAUUUGUACAUGGACUUAAAUAAAUUCAUUAUUUAUUUA